CGCCUCGCGCCGCUGACGUCUCCGGAAUUCUAUUUUUUGAACGACCGCGGAGUUCGAAUACGGUUGCUCGCUCGAGCCUGCGUGAGCAAAGAUCUUGUAGCGGAUCUUUGUGCGUGAUGACGUAGCCGUCGCUCGCUCCGUCGCCCGCUCGCUCGCGCUGAAUCGGGCUCUCGGUGGUUUGUUGUUUUGAAUCAUCCAUGUCGCCCGUCGACAACAUCCCCCGUCGUUAACACAUCCCGGUUUUCAUUGGGAAAAGACAACGGACGUGGUGGGAGAGUGUGGCCGAGCGAUUGGGACGUCCAUAUAGACUGGGUGUUGAGGGGAGUGACCCGACCCCGACCCCUCGUCUCCCGGUGAUGUCGCCGCAGUCGCAGCUCGGCUGCUGAGAUUUAUCCUGCCCCUCGCUUUCCCUCCUGCUUCAUACAUAUAUAUAUUGUCGGAUUGCUGUCAGCUAUGUGGGUCAAGCCCGAAGAGGUGCUGCUGGCCAACGCGCUGUGGGUGACGGAGAGAGCCAACCCGUACUUCGUGCUGCAGAGGAGGAAAGGACACGGGGAAGGUGGCGGUGGUGGCGGCGGCGGCGGCGGCAGAGGCGGGCUGGCGGGGCUGCUCGUGGGGACACUUGAUGUUGUAUUGGACUCCAGUGCUAGAGUUGCACCAUAUAGAAUCCUUUACCAGACUCCUGAAUCGCUUGUAUACUGGACAAUUGCAUGUGGUGGCUCAAGAAAGGAAAUAACUGACCAUUGGGAAUGGAUGGAGCACAAUUUAUUACAAACACUUUCAAUCUUUGAGAAUGAAAAUGAUAUCACUACGUUUGUUAAGGGUAAAAUACAGGGUAUAAUUGCAGAAUACAAUAAAAAUAACGAUAUAAAGGAGGACGAUGACACAGAUAAGUUUAAGGAAGCUAUUUUGAAAUUUCGUAAACUCUUUGGGAUGCCAGAAGAGGAAAAGCUGGUGAACUAUUAUUCUUGCAGUUAUUGGAAGGGUCGGGUUCCACGACAGGGUUGGAUGUAUCUGAGUAUCAACCAUCUCUGCUUUUACUCAUUUUUGUGGGGAAAAGAAGCCAAGUUGGUGAUCCGAUGGGCGGACAUUAUUCAGCUAGAGAAGAAUGCUACACUGCUAUUUCCUGAAAUGAUCAAAGUGAGCACAAGAUGUAGUGAACAUAUUUUUUCCGUCUUCCUCAAUAUUGGUGAAACAUUUAAACUAAUGGAGCAACUAGCCAACAUUGCAAUGAGGCAGCUUCUUGACAAUGAAGGCUUUGAGGAAGAUCGAUCACUUCCAAGACUAAAGACAAAGUCUCCUCAAAAGGUUUCUGUUUUCAAAAGGGAUCUCGAUGCCCGGGCAAAAAGUGAGCGAUACAGGGCAUUAUUCCGGCUUCCUAAAGAUGAACGUCUGGAUGGUCACACAGACUGCACCCUCUGGACACCAUUCAGUAAAAUGCAUGUUGUGGGUCAGAUGUUUGUGUCUAAUAAUUAUAUCUGCUUCACCAGUAAAGAAGAUAACCUGUGCAGUCUUAUUAUUCCUCUAAGAGAGGUGACAAUUGUGGAAAAAGCAGACAGCUCAAGUGUGCUUCCAAGUCCAUUAUCGAUCAGCACAAAGAACAGGAUGACUUUCUUUUUUGCUAAUCUCAAAGAUCGAGACUUCCUGGUGCAAAGAAUUUCUGACUUUCUGCAGCAAACAACGCCAAAAAUGUAUUCUGACAAAGAAAUGAUAGGCAGUCUCAGUUCUGAUGAGGUAUUUUCAAGGCAAAGCAGUGUUGUUUCAUGUAGCCCCCAGAGGAGUCUCAGUUCCACCUCGGAUACAGAUGGAGAACGGCAGCUCAGUCUCAAUGGGAAUAGUGUUCCAAUAGCCACACAGACACUAAUGACAAUGUACCGUCGUAAAUCACCUGAAGAAUUCAAUCCCAAAGUGGCAAAGGAACUAAUGAAGGAACAGUCUUGGAAAAUUCAUUUUGCUGAAUUUGGGCGUGGAGUGUGCAUGUAUCGCACAGAGAAGACACAGGGGCUUGUAUUGAAAGGCAUUCCAGAAAGCAUGAGAGGGGAACUUUGGCUAUUGUUCUCAGGUGCUAUUAAUGAGAUGGCCACCCAUCCUGGAUAUUACUCUGAUUUGGUAGAGAAAUCCAUUGGAAAAUAUAACCUAGCUACAGAAGAAAUAGAACGGGAUUUACACCGCUCCCUUCCUGAGCAUCCAGCAUUUCAGAAUGAAAUGGGAAUUGGUGCUUUACGAAGAGUACUCACUGCCUAUGCAUUCCGAAAUCCUAACAUUGGAUAUUGCCAGGCCAUGAACAUUGUCACUUCAGUGUUGCUACUAUAUGCAAAAGAGGAGGAAGCUUUCUGGUUGCUGGUUGCACUCUGUGAGCGAAUGUUGCCAGACUACUAUAACACUCGAGUGGUUGGUGCAUUAGUGGAUCAAGGUGUGUUUGAGGAGCUUUCCAGGGAUUAUGUACCACAACUUUAUGACUGCAUGCAGUAUUUGGGGGUUAUCUCCACCAUUUCGCUGUCAUGGUUCCUCACGCUGUUCCUCAGUGUGAUGCCGUUUGAAAGUGCUGUUGUUGUUGUGGACUGCUUCUUCUUUGAGGGAAUCAAAGUCAUCUUCCAACUCGCUCUUGCUGUAUUGGAUGCUAAUAUUGAAAAGCUUUUGAACUGUAAAGAUGAUGGAGAGGCAAUGACUAUACUUGGAAAGUACUUGGACAGUGUGACAAACAAGGACAGUACAUUACCACCCAUCCCUCAUCUUCAUUCUCUUCUCAGUGAUGAUGGAGAUCCCUACCCCGAAGUUGAUAUCUUCAAACUAAUAAGGGGUUCAUAUGAUAAAUUUGGCAGUAUUAGAGCAGAUGUGAUCGAACAGAUGCGGUUUAAGCAGAGACUGCGAGUUAUUCAGACACUUGAAGAUACUACAAAGCGUAACGUUGUUCGAGCCAUUGUGACAGACACUGCAUUCAAUAUAGAUGAAUUGGAGGAACUCUAUGUUCUUUUUAAGGCUGAGCAUCUGACAAGUUGUUACUGGGGUGGAAAUAGUAAUGCUACAGACCGCCAUGACCCAAGUCUGCCUUAUCUUGAACAGUACCGUAUUGACUUUGAACAAUUCAAGGGAUUGUUUGUCCUACUUUUUCCCUGGUCAUGUGGUGCACAUUCAGAUAUAUUGGCAAGACGCUUAUUUCGACUACUAGACGAGAAUGGAGACUCUUUAAUAAACUUCAAAGAAUUUGUCACAGGAUUGAGUACAAUGUGUCAUGCAGAUCUUGUAGAGAAAUUGAAGCUGCUGUAUAAAGUACAUGUACUUCCUGAAAGUUUUUUCAAUGAGCAAGAGGACCCUGAUUCUGCAUUUGAAGCUACACAAUACUUUUUUGAAGAUUUAUUGCCUGAAACUGUUCAUGUUACAGAAAUUGAGUCGAGGACAAAAAGUGAAACAGAAGAUGGAUUUGUCACUGUAAACCUGAGGAAUGAGAAAGUAGCAGAAAAGCAACAAAAUUCAUGUGAUUAUCGACAUUACAUCCGAAUGUGGGCUCAGGAAAGGGACCAUAAGUUGCAGAAUAUCAAAGACUUGCCCAAGCUGAAUCAGGAGCAAUUCAUUGAACUGUGCAGAACCCUGUACAACAUGUUCAGUGAAGAUGCAAACGAGCAAGAAUUGUACCAUUCUACUGCAGCUGUAACCAGUUUACUUCUGGAGAUUGGUGAAGUAGGAAAACAGUUUGUCAGUCACACACUCCCAGAACCAGGUAGCAGUCAUGACGGUAAAAGCAAACUGCAUCCAAGGAGAGAAAACCAACCAUUACAUUAUGGACAAGGGGAUUCUUUCUCUUCCAUCCUCGAAGCAAUGGAGGAUGAAAAGGUGUCUUCCAGUGAGAUGCAAGAAAUUAAAUUGGAUGACAGUUCACCAAAAGAAAAUGGUACUUCUUCAGCAAUGCUAAUUUCAGAUGAUGAAACUAAAGAUGAUACUUCCAUGUCCUCGUACUCUGUGCUGAGUGCUGGCUCUAAUGACGACGAGAAGUUACAAUGUGAGGAUAUCACAGAGGACACAGUACUUGUUCGUAAUAACAAUGAAAACACUAUUCCCAGGACCAAUAAUAUAGACAAAGACUGGGCUAUCAACUUUGAGCAGUUUCUGGCUUCUCUUCUAACAGAAAACGCUUUGGUGAGAUACUUUGAGAGGGCUGGGCUAGUGAUGCCCAGGAUUACAAAUGCUAAGAAUGUCAGGAUGAUGGGAAAACAAAUCGCAUCAGUAAAUGACUAUGAGAUUGCUCCAAUCUCAGGAUAAGUUCAUUUCUGCUGCUCUGGCAUAUUUACAUAAUGUUCUACAAACAUAGACCAAUGAAAUGUUCAGUAAACAAGGUGUACAGUAGUUUCAGGAAAGUUGUCCUAAGUAUUGUAUCUUGUAUUGUAAAUGAUAAGAUGAAAUUUCCCCUCCAAAACCCAUGUUAUGUUCUUGGCCAUUGGGCAUAAUACUUUAUUUAUAGCAUCUCUGUAGAAAACUGGAGCACCUGCACUUUUUUUUCUCGUGCUGCUUUUUAAACCAGAGCAAGUAUUUUUGUUUAUUAAUCAUAUGUGACCAGUGAUUCCUUGUAACUUUGUUCAAUUGUGUCUUCUAAUGUUAUUGAGACCAUUUCUGAAAAUGGUCAUUUUUAUACUAGAGAUCUGUUCUAUUACGACUUUGUCAUUUGUUUUCAAACUGAAGAUGCUAUUUUACAUUGGUUACUUCCCUUUUUUUGGAAAGGAUUCUUGGAUGUUGGCUUGACCUUUAAAAUUAUAGGGACAAUAUAGAGAAUAAUAUUAAAACACCAGUUUAAAGGACUCAGUUAGAAUGGUUAAUUGUUAAAUUAAUCUUGGACGUCUGGCAGGAACAACUACGCAUGUAUUUAAUGAUUAAAAAUGUUCAAGUAUAAAAAUCAGCCAGAAAACAAAAUAAAGAUUGUAAAUGUAGAUAGACGUAAAAUCUCCCCUCUGCAUCAAGUUGUAUCCCUGAGCAGGAGGUUGGUGAGGCCAAAUGAGGAGAGAAGGGCCAAUGGCAGAGAGAGACAUGCACAUCAUUGGAAUUGUACAUUGGGGAUAUAGGAACAUGAAAGCAUAAGAUUUAUAAGAGCUUGUAGGGAGAGAGUACUAAAACAACAGAGACAAGGAGACAACAAGAACAGCAAGCAGAGAGAGAGA